AGAUGUUAUUCAUUAUCACAGUCUUUAUGAGAAGUUAGUUCCACUAUGGAUAAAAACAUUGUAUACCAAGUGCAAUUGCAUUUUUGAUGUCAGAGAUUCCUGUUCACAAAUCAAUUUUGGACUCUGGAUUGUGUAGAGUGUUAGGUUACAAGAUGUUCAAAAUACCACGGUCAUGUAGGAUUAGCAAAUAUGAAGUAUUACAGGUAGUAAACAGAAAAAUAGAGUUGCAGCAUGAAGUAAAAUCAGAAAAACUUUAUGAUAUAAAAUUCCACAAUUGAUAAUAAUAGCCUUUAUUUAACCUGGCGGGUUUCAGCUAAAAGCUGAUUUUCAUUCCAACCUGGGCCAAACAAAAUUAAUUACAAUACAAAGUUUGGAGAAAUAUAAACAAUGUGAAUAUAUAACAAAAAUAAUAAACCUAUUAAGAAUAACUCACAACUAACACCG